UCCCAUUUAAUUUUUUCCUCAGUUGCUGCUCUUUCGCGAGGGCGACUCUGCUAAGAAUAUCAAUACUUCUACAUGCUAUAAAAUUGCUCAAAUCAGUGGCAAAAACAUUCGAUCUGAUUGCAGAUUUCUAAUUUUUGAUCGAAACACUUUGAUGAGCUGUUCUUUUCGUCAAAUUUGAGCUAGGUUUCGGGGAGAUCUCGUUCCAUCAUUAAUUUUGCGUUUCAUUCUGAUUAGUUUUCUGUUAACGCCCUGGACGAUCAAGGACUACGCUUCCAGGGGGUGGCAAUUACAAGGGCUAAAGGAUCAGAGCGUUCAAAGUGACACUCGGAUUUAUAUAGUCAAUCGAGCAAUUGAAUUUGGGGUAUUUACUUGACUUCUCCAAGUGUAAUUGAAGUUACUCAGACAGUUGGCAGUGGGGCUUUAGAUCUGAAUAUGUGGAAUUUACAUUGGCAGUGGCAUUAAAUCUUGAAUAAGAAUUAUAAAGUUGGUGAAAUAAUUUAAUUGGGUACUGCAAUACCAUGGGUUCUCCAGUUCCUCCAGGCGAGCGGCCUGGCUAUCCUAAUUCUACAGGAUAUCCUUCACAGAGAGCUUUUACACCAGUGCCUUCUGAUUCGGCAGGAGCUUUGGCGGGUGGCAUGCAAAAUCUGAAUAUCAAUAGGCCUCCCCCACCACCAUGGGCCACUCAACAAGCUCCAAGGCCAGGUGCAGCACCCCAAGGUAUGCAGAAUUCUGGUCCUCCAUUUGUUCCAGCCGGAAGUCGUCCUAUGGGCAUGGGUGUACCUUUUACUUCCACAAAUCCUCCUCAUGCUCCGCAGUCUUCGGCUUCACCGUUGGGUGUCAUGCCGUCUGGGUCUCUGGCGGCUAGACCUACAGGAAGACCUGCUGUAAGACCCGCAGGCCCAAAUUAUGGCGGUGCACCGCCUGUAUCAGCACCGAAUAGUAAUAUGGGAAGACCUGUAACGACUCCUUUUGUCCAAAGACCCAAUGCCCCACCUUCCAGGCCACCUGGAGCAAUGCCAGUGCAAGAUGGGUUGGGGUCCCCGUUUGCACCUGGAUUGAAUGUGAAUUCUUCUAAUCAAGGGAUAAAUGGAACUUCGCCUUUUGUUCAGGGGGCUCCUCCCAUGCGGCCUCCUUUCUCUCAAGGAGCCAAUGCUAUGCAUUCACCAGCUGGGUUUCCAAGAAGUUCUGGGCCUACAGCUGCUUCAGGAGCUGGCACAGUUCCAAAUGCUCAGCGACCGCUGGCAUCGGCAGUUCCACCACCACAAAUUCCUUCUGCUAGCCAUACCCCAUCACCUGCUCCACCAAAUACAUUUCCUGCCCCUGGUCUUGCUCCAUCAUCAGUGCCACCACCUCCUUUUGCUGUUGCAAGUCAGAGAGGACCUCCAUCGUCCUCUUCUUUAUAUGCAGCUCAGCCAUGGCGGCCUCCAUCUCAGCAGCACAACUAUCCAGACAGCUAUGUACCACCACCACCGCCAGUAGCUGGAAAUCAGACUCCAGGGAUGUUUGGCAUGCCAGCACCUCCAAGACACCUGAGUCAAACUAUUCCACCUAUGCCUCCUACCAUGGGCCACCCCCCUGGAUCAGGUGUCUUGGGUAUGGGACAACCAGGAUCGCCUGCAGGAGGGCAAGCAUCAGGACCUUCACGCAUUGAUCCAAACCAAAUUCCCCGUCCAGUACCGAAUUCAACAUCAAUAAUAUUUGAAACCCGUAGCAACAACCAAUCUAAUCUUCCUCCUUCGGCAACAAGUGAUUUCAUUGCCAAGGAUACCGGAAAUUGUAGUCCACGCUAUAUGCGAUGUACUGUUAACCAGAUACCUUGCUCAGGUGACCUAUUAAGUACUUCAGGAAUGCCUUUGGCUUUGAUGGUGCAGCCAUUUGCUCUCCCUCAUCCUUCUGAAGAAGCAGUUCAGGUAGUUGAUUUUGGUGAAAAUGGACCUGUUCGCUGCUCCCGUUGCAAAGGAUACAUAAACCCUUUCAUGAGAUUUGUUGAUCAGGGAAGGCGAUUCAUCUGUAAUUUGUGUGGAUUCAGCAAUGAGACCCCCCGAGAAUAUCACUGUAAUCUGGGGCCAGAUGGCAGGCGUCGGGAUGCAGAUGAACGACCAGAGCUUUGUAGAGGAACUGUUGAAUUUGUUGCCACAAAGGAGUACAUGGUCCGGGAUCCAAUGCCUGCUGUGUUUUUCUUGCUUAUUGAUGUUUCUAUGAAUGCAAUAAACACUGGAGCAACUGCUGCAGCGUGUAGUGGAAUUAAUCGUGCAAUAGCAGACCUGCCUGAGGGUCCUCAAACGAAGGUAGGCAUAGCAACAUUUGACUCCACGAUUCAUUUCUACAAUUUGAACCGCGCUUUUCAGCAGCCUUCGAUGCUUGUGGUUCCUGAUGUGCAAGAUGUGUACACCCCUCUUCAGACAGAGCUCAUCGUCCCAAUUUCUGAGUGUCGUGAACAUGUAGAACAACUUUUGGAGAGUAUUCCAACAAUGUUUCAACACAAUAAGAUCCCUGAAUCAGCUUUUGGUGCAGCCAUCAAGGGUGCCUUUCUUGCAAUGAAAUCCACUGGUGGAAAGCUGCUAGUUUUCCAGUCAGUACUACCAUCUGUUGGCAUAGGAGCUCUUUCAGCUAGAGAAGCAGAAGGGCGGGCAAACACAAUUGCUGGGGAAAAGGAGGUGCAUAAAUUGCUUCAACCUGCAGAUAAGACUCUUAAGACCAUGGCAAUAGAGUUUGCUGAAUUUCAGGUGUGCGUGGAUUUAUUUCUUACAAGCCAAUCAUAUGUGGAUAUUGCGUCAAUAACUGUUGUUCCAAGGACUACUGGUGGACAGGUUUAUUAUUAUUAUCCAUUUUCAGCUGUUGCUGACUCUGCAAAAUUAUACAAUGAUUUAAGAUGGAACAUUACGAGACCACAAGGGUUUGAAGCAGUUAUGCGUGUAAGAUGCAGCCAGGGUUUGCAAGUACAAGAUUACUUCGGCAAUUUUUGUAAGAGAAUUCCCACAGAUGUUGAUCUUGCAGGGAUUGACUGUGAUAAGACCAUAAUGGUCACCUUUAAGCACGAUGACAAGUUCCAAGAAGGUUCUGAAUGUUGCUUUCAGUGUGCAGUACUUUACACAACAGUUUAUGGCGAAAGGCGAAUACGUGUUACAACUCUAUCAUUGCCGUGCACUAGUGUGCUGAGUAAUCUCUUUCGUGGGGCUGAUUUAGAUGCCCAAUUUACUUAUUUCUUAAAACAAGCGGGCAAUGAAAUUCCAACUACACCACUUAAGCAAGUAAGAGAUCAAAUGACAGAGCUUUGCAUUAGCAUUCUUCAUACGUACCGCAAGUUUUGUGCAACAGCAUCAUCGUCUGGACAGCUUAUUCUUCCAGAAGCUCUUAAGCUGUUACCACUCUACACGUUAGCUUUAACAAAAGGCACUGGGCUACGCUCUGAUGUCCGCAUUGACGACCGAUCUUAUUGGCUUACUCGAGUGGCAUCUAUUUCUGCCUCCUUAUCUGUUCCAUUAGUGUAUCCUCGAAUGUUUCCAAUUCAUAACUUACUAUCAAAGGACAUUGGUGGUAGCAUUUUGCCAUUAUCACUUCCACUUUCUAGUGAACACAUAGAUAGCGAUGGUAUCUUUUUGCUGGAAAAUGGGGAAGAUGCUUUAAUAUAUGCAGGAAAAAUGGUCAGUCCUGAUAUGCUGCAACAACUCUUUGGAGUGCAGUCAGUUGAUGACAUCCCUAACAAUUUCUUGUUGCAGGAGUAUGAGAAUGACCAUUCCAGAAAACUUAACGAAUUAGUUAAUGAAAUUAGGCGUCAGCGGUGUUCAUACUUACGGUUACGGGUGUGUAAAAGGGCAGAUCCAACAGAGUUCCUAUUCUUUUCCCUAAUGGUGGAAGACAAAAAUGCUCUCGGAUUAUCUUAUGUGGAGUUCCUUGUACAUAUUCACCGGCAAAUUCAGACUAAAAUGAGCUAAAAGAUGAGAUUGGUUGUCAGUAAAUUUUGAUCAACAUUUUCUUUAGUGCUCUAUUUACCCAUUCCUAGCUUCCUAUCACUUUCUUAGCUUAUUUCCGUAGAGUCGAGUUUUUCGUGCACGAAGUUGCCAUGGAACAUAGAUUUGAUUGCUCUGGUCCUGUAAUUUGGAAAGCGAUUUAAAGUUGGAUUUUCAGACUGGACAAUCUGAUUUAUUUUUCAUUGUUUCGAUUUCAUAUUCAAAGCGACUAUUUGUGUUGUUCAGAGUUGUAACCAGAGCAGAAUAUUUAAUCUUUUUGGGAAUUGUUAAAUUAUUAAAGGAGAACUA